AUGACAGUCAGCAGACAAGAGGAGGACAGUGAUCAGGCAGGACCUAGUAGCAAAGAGCAUCUUCACUAUCUUCACCACCUUCACCACCUUUACCACCUUCACAACGUCACCACUUUACCACCUUCACCACCUUCACCACUUCACCACCUUCACCACUUUACCACCUUCACCACCUUUAACACUUCAGCACUUCACUACCUUCAGCACUUCACCUCCUUCACCACAUUCACCACUUCACCACCUUCAGCACUUCACCACCUUCAGCACCUCACCACCUUCAGCACCUCACCACCUUCAACUCUUCACCUCCUUCACCACCUUCACUGCUUCACCACCUUCACCAACUUCAUCGCUUCACCCUUUUGCCGCCUUCACCACUUCACCCCUUCACCACCUUCACCACUUCACCCCUUCACCACUUCACCAUCUUCACCACUUCACCACCUUCAUCGCUUCACCAUCUUCACCACUUCAUCACCUUUACCACUUCACCACCUUCACCACUUCACCACCUUCACCACUUCACCACCUUCAUCGCUUCACCAUCUUCACCACUUCAUCACCUUUACCACUUCACCACCUUCACCACUUCACCACCUUCACCACUUCACCACCUUCAUCGCUUCACCCUUUUUCCGCCUUCACCACUUCACCACCUCACCCCUUCACCACUUCACCACUUUCACCACUUCACCACCUCACCCCUUCACCACUUCAUCACCUUCACCACUUCACCAUCUUCACCACUUCACCCCUUCACCAACUUCACCAUCUUCACCAUCUUCACCCCUUCACCACUUCACCAUCUUCACCAACUUCACCACUUCACCACCUUCACCAUCUUCACUACUUCACCCCUUCACCACCUUCGCCACUUCACCACCUUCACCACCUUUAACACUUCACCACUUCACCACCUUCAACGCUUCACCACUUCACCUCCUUCACCACUUCAGCAUCUUCACUAUCUUCACCACCUUCACCACCUUUACCACCUUCACAACGUCACCACUUUACCACCUUCACCACCUUCACCACCUUCACCACUUUACCACCUUCACCACCUUUAACACUUCAGCACUUCACUACCUUCAGCACUUCACCUCCUUCACCACAUUCACCACUUCACCACCUUCAGCACUUCACCACCUUCAGCACCUCACCACCUUCAGCACCUCACCACCUUCAACUCUUCACCUCCUUCACCACCUUCACUGCUUCACCACCUUCACCACUUCACCACUUCACCUCCUUCACCACCUUCAGCACUUCACCACCUUCAACACUUCACCUCCUUCAGCACCUCACCACCUUCAACACUUCACCUCCUUCACCACCUUCAGCACUUCACCACCUUCAACACUUCACCUCCUUCACCACAUUCACCACCUUCAGCACUUCACCACCUUCAGCACCUCACCACCUUCAACACUUCACCUCCUUCACCACCUUCACUGCUUCACCACCUUCACCACUUCACCACCUUCAGCACUUCACCUCCUUCACCACUUCACCACCUUCAGCACUUCACCUCCUUCACCACUUCACCACUUCACCAUCUUCACCACCUUCAACACAAGGUCCUUCAAGAGUGACGGGAUCAAGGCAUCCGACGUACUGCCUGUGCUAAAAGAGAAGGUGGCGUUUGUGUCAGGGGGCAGAGAUAAGAGAGGAGGUCCCAUCCUUACUUUCCCUGCCAGGAGCAACCACGACCGAAUAAAAGAUGAAGACCUGAAGAGACUGGUCAGCUACCUGUCCACUGUCCCCAGUGAGGACGUGUGUAAGCGUGGUUUCACGGUCAUCAUUGACAUGCGCGGCUCUAAGUGGGACCUCAUUAAGCCCCUGCUGAAGACCCUGCAGGAGGCGUUCUCUGCAGAGAUCUGCGUGGCUCUCAUCAUCAAACCCGACAACUUCUGGCAGAAACAGAAGACCAACUUUGGCAGUGCCAAAUUCACCUUCGAGACCAGCAUGGUGUCAGUGGAGGGGCUAGCUAAACUGGUGGAUCCCUCCCAGCUAACAGACGACUUCGAAGGCUCUCUGGACUACAACCAUGAAGAAUGGAUUGACCUGAGAGUCUCUCUGGAAGAGUUCAUGACCAGUGCCGUUCACCUGCUCUCCAGAUUAGAGGAUUUACAGGAGCUUCUUUCCAAGAAAGAGUUCCCAGUGGAUGUGGAAGGAUCACGGCGGCUCAUUGAGGAACACACCCAGCUCAAGAAGAAGGUCUUGAAGGCUCCGGUGGAGGAGUUGGACCGAGAGGGGCAGAGACUCCUCCAGUGCAUUCGUUCCAGUGAUGGUUUCUCUGGGAGGAACUGCAUUUCUGGUUCUGCUGACUUCCAGAGUCUGGUGCCGAAGGUUGCCAGUCUUCUGGAUAAGCUGCAUUCCACCAGACAGCAUCUCCAUCAGAUGUGGCACGUCAGGAAACUCAAGCUGGAUCAGUGCUUUCAGCUCCGCCUCUUUGAACAGGAUGCCGAGAAGAUGUUCGACUGGAUCAGCCACAACAAGGAGGUCUUCCUGCAGAGCCACACAGAAAUUGGAGUGGGAUACCAGCAUGCUGUGGACCUCCAGACACAACACAACCACUUCGCCAUGAACUCCAUGAAUGCCUAUGUGAACAUUAACAGGAUCAUGUCGGUGGCCAGCCGUCUGUCAGAGGCCGGUCACUAUGCCUCCACGCAGAUCAAACAGAUCUCAGGUCAGCUGGAUCAGGACUGGAAAAGUUUUGCUGCGGCGCUCGAUGAGCGCUCCACCAUCCUCGCCAUGUCCUCUGUCUUUCACCAGAAAGCUGAACAGUUUCUGUCCGGGGUGGAGGCCUGGUGUAAGGUGUGCAGUGAGGGGGGGCUGCCAUCAGAGAUGCAGGACCUGGAGCUGGCCAUCCAUCGCCACCAGACUCUCUACGAACAAGUCACACAGGCUUACACGGAGGUGAGUCAAGAUGGCAAAGCCCUAUUGGACGUACUCCAGAGACCUCUGAGUCCCGGCAACUCUGAUUCGCUGACGGCAACCGCCAACUAUUCCAAGGCGGUCCACUGUAUCCUGGACGUGGUCCAUGAGGUUCUGCACCACCAGCGGCGUCUGGAGAACAUCUGGCAGCACCGAAAGGUCCGAUUGCACCAGAGGCUACAACUGUGUGUGUUUCAACAGGAUGUCCAACAGGUGAUGGACUGGAUAGAGAACCACGGUGAGGCGUUCCUCAGUAAACACACUGGAGUAGGAAAGUCUCUCCACCGAGCCAGAGCCCUGCAGAAGAGACACGACGACUUCGAAGAUGUCGCUCAGAACACCUACACUAAUGCGGACAAGCUGCUCGAGGCAGCGGAGCAGCUGGCUCAGACGGGCGAGUGUGACCCGGAGGAGAUCUACAAGGCCGCACGCCACCUAGAGGUCAGGAUACAGGACUUCGUCCGCCGGGUGGAGCAGAGGAAACUACUACUGGACAUGUCAGUGUCCUUCCACACACACACAAAAGAGUUGUGGAGGUGGAUGGAGGAUCUUCAGAAGGAGUUGUUGGAGGAGGUGUGUUGUGACUCGGUGGAGUCGGUGCAGAGCCUCAUAACUCAGUUCCAACAGCAACAGACAGCGACGCUGGAGGCUACGCUCAAUGUCAUUAAAGAGGGAGAAGAACUCAUACAACAGCUCAGAGAUGCAGCUAUGUCCACCAAUAAGACGCCCCACUGCAGUUCCAUCGCCCACAUCCAGGGGGUGCUGCAGCAGCUGGACGAGGCUCAGAGCCAAAUGGAAGAACUGUUCCACGAACGCAAAAUUAAACUUGACAUCUUUCUGCAGCUACGAAUCUUCCAACAAUAUACUAUAGAGGUAACAGCUGAGUUGGAUGCGUGGAACGAAGACCUCUCUCGUCAGCUGGGUGAUGCUAACGUUGCCUCUGGCGUUAGUGGAGUGGGAUCUGGCGCCUCUUCUGGUGGUUCGGAGGACAUCAGCCUGGUAGAGCAGCGGCUGAAGAGACACACAGAGAGGAAGGCUGCCAUGAGCAACAUGACCUAUGAAGUGAUGCAGCAGGGUCAGGACCUGCAUCAGUACAUCAUGGAGGUACAGGCCUCAGGUAUUGAGCUCACGGGGGAGAAGGAGGUGGACUUGGCCACGCAGGUUCAGGACUUACUGGAGUUCCUCCAUGAGAAACAGCAGGAGCUGGACCUGAGCGCUGAACACACACAUACACACCUAGAGCAAUGCUUACAACUGCGCCACCUACAGGCUGAAGUCAAACAGGUCCUGGGGUGGAUCCGUAAUGGGGAGUCCAUGCUGAAUGCCAGUGUGUUGAAUGCCAGCUCUCUUUCAGAGGCCGAGCAGCUACAGAGAGAGCACGAGCAGUUCCAGAUGGCUAUCGAGCGUCGACAAAAAUCAGCACAGCGCCCCCUAGCAGCAGAUUUAACGCUGCUGUGACCCACAACCUCGCCGACUGCCAAAGCACAGUCCUCCACCCAACAUGGAAAACCAGGCAACACUUUAAGACCAUGUUCCCU